AUGGCCGAGCCUCGCGGGGAUGCUUACAAAAAAUCUCCUCAGUCCGAUGGAGCAAAACGUGAACAAGGAGUUAGCAGAGCAAUCCUGGCCGCGUUGAUCGCUGCGCUUGGCCCAGUGAGCUUUGGGUAUUGUAUUGGUUAUUCGUCUUCUGCUUUGGAAGAUUUGCAAAACGCUGAUUAUUCUUCAGUUGUGCGUCUAUCUGCAGAUCAGGGAUCCUGGUUUUCGGUAGGUUCGAUCAUGUCUUUUUCGUAAAUCAGCUGAAAAAAAGUAACUUUUUAAGUCAUCUCCCGAGCCGGGACCAUGUGUCCUUUUGAUCCGUCAAAAUAUAAUUGUUAUGACUAGAAAAAUAGGGAAUAAGAUUAUUUUCUAGGUCCUACUAGAUAUACUGAUUAUAGACGGCUCUGUAAGAGUUAAAGCCGAUUAAACCACUUUUGCAGUAAAUAGUGUGCUAUUUGGGUCUUUUGUACUAAAUUUAAUGUUGGCGCAAUUUCGCUUGAAAAGCUUCACUUGAUCUCAAAUCUAAGUGGGAAACUGAAUAGUUUUUAAUUAUUAAUCGUAGUGAAGGUAAAUAUCCAUCAUCUUCACCCAAGCUGAGGUAAAUAUCCCUUUUUCUCUAGUAUUUACCACACAGGCAGAAUAACGAGGGAAAAAAUAACUUUAUUUUUGUCAAAUGCUCAAUCGGUUAUUUUAAAUCUAGCGGGCCGAAAAAUGAAGUUAUUUGUUAAUCACUUAUGGAAGUUAAAUGUUUUAAGUAGAAACACCUAAAUUAAUUUAGAGAGCUGACUGUUCUUAAUUCAACACCUGAACUUAGUCUCCUGUUCACAAGCUUUUCUGAAUGUCAAAAAAAAAAAGAAAGGAAAAUAUAAAAUCAUAAAGAAGAAGUUGAUACCAAAUCUUAAAUUACACCAGUCCUAUCUUUGAACACAUUCACCUGAAUGGAACUUAUGGCGAGCUCGUGUUAAGUCAAGGUCAGGCUUAUACAAACUCUCAAAUUGAACCAAACAUAAAUAUCAAUAAUAUGAUUUUGAAUUAGCAGAGUGACAAUAAAAAUCUGCGAUAAAAUAUUAUAAAACAUAACACGACGUUUCGACGUUUCCAGAACGUCAUUAUCAAGUGAACUAGAAUAAUAAAAUCGAGUAUAUAUAGAAUGAAGCGGUGAAUAAAUUACAAUCAUGAUCAGCAAUGCGUUGAAACAAAUGGCGCGUCGUAUAUCUGUAUUAUCGACAAAUGUAAUUAUUCCUCUACACCAGAUACUAAGACAAAAUCUGAUGAAACUUUAAGAGUCAGUAUUCCUUUCAAAGAUCAAGUCUCAGCGAACAUUGCCAAAAGACAAAUGCGCGAUCUCAGUUCAAAAAUCGGCAUUGAUGUACAACCAGUCUACACCAGUAAGAAACUUGAGCAGGACCUAAAGCUUAAAGAAAUCAAGCCAUGCAUCGUAAGUCAGCAUAGCAUUGUUUACUGUUUUAAAUGUGAUUUGUGUGAUUCAAAUUACGUCGGAUAUACGACGCGCCAUUUGUUUCAACGCAUUGCUGAUCAUCGAUACUCUGCCAUUGGUCGCCACCUGAGAGAUGCCCAUGGGAACAUUGACUUACUCAAUGAGAGCCAGUUUAGAAUGCUUAAAAAAUGUGGCACGAAAUGGGAUUGUCUUGUUCAUGAAAUGUUGUACAUAAGAACAAUAAGGCCCAAUUUAAACACCCAACUUUUAACGCUUUGUAAUUUAUUCACCGCUUCAUUAUAUAUAUACUCGAUUUUAUUAUUCUAGUUCACUUGAUAAUGACGUUCUGGAAACGUCGAAACGUCGUGUUAUGUUUUAUAAUAUUUUAUCGCAGAUUUUUAUUGUGAAAUGCUUUACCAAAUCUUUACUUAUUCGAAUUAGCAGAGUAUUGCCAAAUAAUUACUUCGAUACAAUUUUGAUCUUUAUUAUUUUUUUUGCAGUCUCUGAUCACCGUUGGCGCUAUUUUUGGCAGUCCUCUUGCUGGAUGGGCGAUUGAUAAGCUUGGUAGAAAGAGUACCAUAAUGCUAUGUGUUAUUCCUUUUGUAUUGGGAUGGCUUCUGAUCGGCUUUGCUCAAAAUCUCGCUAUGCUCUAUUCCGGCCGAGUUAUUUCAGGCUUAGCCUGUGGCGCGAUCUCAGUUGCUGCCCCGGUAAGUAGCAUCCUGAGCUAGGCUUCCGCUUGGCAAUGACGUGUGAAAAAAGCACUUGCGCAAAAACCGCCGAUGAUUGUUAGGCUAUCGCGUCCCUCAUAUUGUCGUUGUGUUGUUACACAUUGUCAGGUGAACUGGGAGGGAUCUGGGCGGGUAUUAAACUUUUCUGCUUUGAAGCUGGAGAUAAGAAAACUCGUAACCUGGCCUGACCUCACUAAAAUACUCUUCUGGAAAAAGUCCUGACUGCUGCACUACCCUUUCUGGUAAUACUUUAAACACCUGAUCAAGUUACAGAACUUCGUUUAUUCCUCAUUACUGAUAAAUUUUCUUUUAAAUUUUAGGUUUACAUCUCAGAAACCGCCCCUCCUCGUCUAAGAGGCACACUGGGCACAUUUAACCAAAUGGGAAUUGUAUCGGGGAUCUUGUUGUCUUUCAUAACAGGCCACGCCCUCAACUGGUAUUGGUGUGCCAUAAUAGGAACAGGGUUCCCAACCUGUUUGUUGAUAUUGAUGAUUUUCAUGCCAGAAACUGUCUGCUGGCUGUUGGCUCGUGGAAAAGAAAAACGCGCCUACAUGACAGCAUGGUGGCUGCGAGGACCGAAUGCUGACGUGGAGAAGGAAAUUAUGGAAAUAAAAGAUAGCUUAGGUAGGUUCAUUUUUUCUGGCAAAGUGCAGUUCUUUGUUAAUUCGUUUUGGAUUCUUUUGUAAAUUUUUUUCUCGUUUUCAAAUUUCAUUCUUUCAUUCAUUCAUUUUUGCGGCCAAUAGAAAACAAGGAGAGGAUGUCAAUCAAGGAAUUUGCCAAACCCAGUCUCUUACGUCCGUUCGCAAUCAGCUUGGCCCUUCAUUUCUUCCAACAGAGCACUGGCAUCAACGCAGUCAUGUUCUACUGUGCCACCAUCUUCCAAAAGGCUGGUUUCCAGAACAAAAGCACUAUGGUGCCGAUUUUAAUUGGCAUCAUCCAGGUAGUUGCCGCUGCCUUGUCUGUUAUUAUGAUUAGUCAUGCUGGUAGGCGUUUCCUGUUGAUCGUAGGUGCUGUGGGAAUGAGCAUAAGCCUUUUCAGCUUGGGUUCUUAUUUUUACAUCUCUGAGAACUCUCUGUCCAAGAAUAGCAUUGUUACUUACUACGAUUUCUCGUGGGUGGCUGUUACGAGUGUUGCUGUGUACAUAGUAGCAUUUGGUAUGACGUGGGGUCCCUGUGCUUGGCUCAUAAUGAGCGAGAUAUUUCCAGUCAAGGUUAGGGGAAUAGCCAGUGGCAAUGCAACUCUAUUCAACUGGACUUGCGCAUUUACAAUCACUAAGACAUUUCCGUUCUUUAUCAAUACACUCACAGCGGCCGGAACCUUCUGGUUAUAUGGAAGUCAGGCGAUUAUGGCCGUAUUUUUCGUUUACGUUUGUGUCCCAGAAACGGAGGGAAAAUCUCUUGAGAAGAUUCAAAUGUACUUCGAGGGUAAAGGGAAAAAAGAGAGGGAUUCCAUAGAAUUGCCCAUACGAGAAACCUACGUGUGAGUCCGGAAACACAGGAACACAAACAAUGCAUUCGUGCGCUUUCCGAUUGAGUGUUGCUGCUGUCAUGUAGGCGCGUGUUUCUUUACCACGAGCCAACAGCCAGCAAUCCUUUAACUCCCAAGAUCUGAUGGUUAAUUCUCUCUUGUAGCUGCUACACAUUUCCUUGUAAAUUAGUUAUGAGAACUUGGUGCUAGAUUAAGAUAGCAGCUUCUACCUGAUAAGUUUGAGUGUUCUCAUUACCUGUUUGCCGAAUGAUGUAUGGAUAUUGUAGGGAGAAGUUUUGUGUUAAUCACUUCUGGGAGUUAAAGGGUUAAACAAGCCUUGAAAUCUGAUUGAUUGUUUUGUUUUUAGUGUAGCCUCCUCAUUGGCUGGGAAAAAUAUGUGAUUAAAAGUUAAAAAAAAUGGUGCGAUUCGUGAGUAAAUCGCAUCAAUUAGAGCCAAUUAGAUUAUAGAGACCACCUGUAAUUUCAAAAUGGGUGUAAUAAAGGCCUGAAAUUAAUGCAGGCCUGUACGGGAUUUGAACCCAUGGCCUUUGCAAUACCAAUGCAAUGCUCCACCAACUGAGCUAACAAGCCAACUGGGAGCUGGUCAUUAUGUUGAUAUAUGAUAAACUCGUGAAGUCAGUAAUGAAUAAAUGACUGUGGAUGUAUGAAAAUCAUGUGUAUUGAUAAGAAGUGCGGAUUAAGAAAUGAUUAUGAAAGCGAUCUUCGCAGUAAUUAACAUUACGUUAAAGCGAUACAAUAGCCCUCCAGAAAACCCAGUUCAAAGAGAGGGAAAGAGCUGUCAUAUUAACAUGAAAAAGAUACAGUGAUGGUCCAACGGAAACAUAAGCGAAAUCUCUGCGUGUAUUUUUAAUAUUCCUGGAGCGAUUUAACGCCCUAAAUGUUUGAGGUAUGAUUUGAAAUGAAUGAAUAAAUGUGGUCAAAUCGUAUGAGUUAUUGGCCCACAAUGCCGGAGUGUUCCCAUUUUUUUUUCCAAAAAUGAAACGAAACUGUUGAUAUGAUAGAGAGCGCGAUUUAUAACCUAAAGAACGAUUACUCGUCGUCCAGAUUAAAAAACGCCUGUCACUUGGUAGAGCAAAAAAAAAAUUUAAUAAAGACAGAAUAAAAAUGCGGGCAUACAUUCUCAAAAAAAGCUGAACGUGCCUCAGUGAGCCAUUUCCGCAAGGUUUCUGUCUCAAGGCGGCGAAGCGCGAUUCGUGACUCAGAGUGGAUAGCCUGCAGUGCAGGUAUAAUUUAGGCGAGCGAGUGCUCUGUAUUUUUAGAUUAUGGCCACCAUCUUUAAUUUUAAUGGUAGCGGAGGGCUGGGGAGAGAAAGAAAUUUGUACUAAGGGGGCGGGUGAUGGUUAAAAAUAAUGAGAGGGGUGGGGGUGGGGAGUGCAGAUCGGAAAUAGGUAAAAAUCCACUAUCGGCUACGUACUAUGCACGCACUGCGGAUCGAGUAUGUCAAGCUUACUGCGCUAUUACUAUUGUGGAUUGGAUUUUGGACUCGUUUGGGCGGAUAACAUGGCCAUAAAUUACCAAAUUUACCAAAAGACAUCUUUAUGUUGUUGUUAUAUAAGUUCACAUGCAUAUUCACACAGUCCCAUCACGGGUGGAGAAAUCACAUGGUUUGCGCGUUGAAAUUGCGUCAUUCACUCGUAACGCAUUCGAGCUCACAUGUUUCCGUUAGCCUUUACGCCUGAUCGGUGUGGUUCUAUUACUACAUUGCAAUCCUAAAGUAUAUUAAGGUGACUUCCUCACUUGUUCUACCAUAAAUCGAGUGAUCAGCAUCGAACAAAGCAUCCAACAUGACUGAGCUUGAAAAAGAGUUUACCUCAUCCAUUCAGUCCAACGAAAUAGUACAGAACGUCAGGGUCGGAAGAGCAAUCCUUGCUACUUUCAUUGCAGCUCUCGGUCCGUUGUCAUUUGGAUAUUGUAUGGGAUAUUCAUCGUCUGCUUUGGAAGAUCUAGUACAUAAAUCCAGUAGUGCUUCUGCUACUGGUUUAUCUGACGGGCAAGGAUCAUGGUUUUCUGUAAGUUGAAAUGUGUACAUGUAUGUUGAUUCUACCUUUAGUGAGCAAACACCGUGAGCUUGUGGUAAAAACUAGUUCAACUGGAAGUCAUCCCGAUUAGAUUACCAAACGUCUAAUGGUCUCGACAGUUAUAUUAGCUAGUGGAUUACGGAACUAUUGAACGAAUUUUUCUUUCAUUAAAAUUUAACAAUGAUGAAGAAUCAGAGAAACUGAUCAAGUUGUUUCAGUCUUGUUGUGAUUUAUGACAUUUUCAAACAGGUAUGUCGAAAUAAGUCUUACGAGAACGCCUCCUUAGUAGAACAUGUUAAGUGUUUCCAGUAAGGCCCACAGAGGGGGUUCUCUUGUCGCCUAUUUGAUUAGGGACAAAUGUCGCUGUCGCAAUUUCGCUAGAAUAAAAAUGUGGCUGUCAAACUAAAUUUGGCAAUACAAUAAUUUCUGACUUGUCUUAGCGUAUUUGUUUUCUUUGUAACAUAAGAUCAACCACACUUAAAUUUCUAUUGGCUAUUUGGCUUGGUUUUUUUGUUUCAUUGGGCCUACUAUAAUUGGCGAAACGAAACCGAAUGAAAUGAAAAUCUGUAAUUUUCGAAAUGGAAAUAUGCUAAUGAUUUGCAAAAUAGGAAUCGCAAAUUUGCAAAUCGUUAGCAUGUUUCCAUUUCGUAAGUUACAGAUUUCUAUUUCGCAAAUCAUUAGCACAUUUCCAUUUUGCAAAUUACAGAUUUCUAGAAAUCAGUAAUUUGCAAAAUGGAAAUAUGCUAAUGAUUUGCAAAAUAGAAAUUUGUAAUUUGUGAAAAAAAUUAUUCUGAGACUUAAGAAAAUAAAAAAGCUUGGUCAGUUACAUUUUCCCAGCAAACAUGAUAUUUCAUCUAGAAACAUGCUGCGACACUUUCCAUGUGCAUUUCCAGUCAGGUAAGUGUCGUGUCAUGCAUUAAAAUUAUUCAUCAACAAUGUACAUUGAUUACACCUUCUAGACAGUACAGCUACAGCGUCAGCGAAAAUUUCAAAUUACUUUUGUGCUCAAUUGACUAAACAACACAUUGAGUUAUUCACAAAAGUUCACCACACAGAUUUUUUAUUUCUUGCUUUCGCUAGUUGUUUUUAUUAUUAUUUGGCAGGCUGCAAUUCACACUUAUGGUGAACUGACCGAUUCAUUCUUCUGGCUUGUGGAGUUUUCCACAGGGAUUCUCGUUUUGCAAAUCACAGAUUUCCAUUUUGCAAAUUACAUAUUUCUAUUUUGCAAAGCAUUAGCAUAUUUCCAUGUCACAAAUUACAGAUUUCUAGGACCUGUGCAACUCCUACCACUCGCAAGCGAUUUAAAAUCUUCUUUCUUCACAAUAUUAAUAGCUCUGACCAGAGUGUCUUUCAAAUACUUUCCUUUCACAUUGCUCAUUAAGGUGGUGGGUUUUAAAUAAGGUGCCAUUUCUCCAUCAGUGUUGUCGAGAUGAGUUAAAAAGUCUAACUAAAAAAAAGAGAAGUUAAAAAGUAUUGACAGGCCUACACAACUCCUGCUAUUUACAAGCAGUUUCGAAUCUUCCACCUUCAGAUAAAUAAGUGACUGUGACCCAAAUAUCUUUAUCUUUCAGUCAAUCAUGACCCUUUGCCCAGACAAUGUCUUAGUGUUAGAUCAAAUGAAAUAACUCUGGAAAUGUUUUAACAUGUGGAUGUAUUCCAAGUAGUUUAAAUGAUCCUUGCAAGAGAGCUGCUAUUUAAAAUUGCUUCUUUUCUACAAUUUCUUUUAACUCUUAACUCCCUAGAUCAAAAUAUCAAUUCUCUGUAAUGUAUUCCAUAUAUUGCUUCUUAUUUUGGCUAUGAGAAUUUGAUUUGUUGUUUUUAUCUUUCUCCUUAUUACAUGAAUAUGACAAGAAGCAUUUAAAGGAGGGAUUCCUUAUUGAUGUUAAUCACUCUGGGAGUGAAAGGUUUAAUUGCUGCUCACCAGCAAGGGUCAUCUAUUUCCUUGUUUUUCUAAUUCUUAAUGUCAUCAUUUUAUCUGCAGUCCCUGGUCACAAUUGGAGCCAUUUUGGGAAGUCCCGUGGGUGGAUGGGCAAUUGACAAGUUUGGUCGCAAGAGUACGAUAAUGUUGUGCGUUGUACCAUUUGUUCUGGGAUGGCUGCUUAUCAGCUUUGCUCAGAAUAUUCCAAUGCUCUACUCUGGUCGGAUCAUCACAGGAAUGGGUUGUGGUGCAGUCUCACUUGCUGUUCCAGUAAGUUCAUACGUUUCUUUCUAUGUGCCAUCUCCACUUCUUAACCCUUUGACCCUUUAGUGUGACCAGCAUCUAAUUUCUCCAUACAAUAUCAUCCCUGCAUCACACAUCAAGGUCAUGAGAAUAAAGGAAAUGAUCACCAACUAACAAAGCUCUUGAUUGUUAACCAAUUCUCCUUGUCAGCACUGCAGAAAAUGUAUAGAUGUUAGUAAGGAGAAUGUGCAUAUUGGCAUGAGGGUGUAAAAGAUUGAUUCUCAUACCUGCAAGUUGUAAACUUUUUUGUUAUCCCUUCUCCCAGCACCAACCAUUAACCCUUUAACUCCCAGAUCAAAUUUGUUAUUCUCUUUACUGUCAAACAUGCAAUUCUUAUAAUUUUAGUUCAGAGAAUUUAGUAUUGGAUUAUCUAAUCUUACCAAAUUGAUAUUUUUCUUAAUUCUCAUCACUUAUCUUUUUAAUAUUGUACCGCUAUUGUAAGGAGAAAUUCUGUCUUGGUCACUCAUGGGAGUUAAAGGGUUAAAAUUUUAUGCCAAACAGACAUAGUUGUCAAAUGAAUGAGAGGAAACACUAGCCAUCUUAGAAACUUCAAUCAGUGACAAAAUGUUUGACACAUUUGGGCAGAAAUCACAAUAUUCUGGAAUAGAAUGACAAUUUUAUUCCUAACAUCUUCACUUUACACCCUCUUCCCUGAGGUGAUAUUGGUUAUUCCAUAAGGGAAGGGAGGGUAUUCCAGCUGAAUGCACUUCAGUUCAAAAAUUUAAUACUUAAAACUUCUCUAAUAUUGUUACAAUUGUGUGAAGAUAGUUUCUUCUUUCUUUAUGUAGGUCUACAUUGCUGAGAUUUCACCUGCACAGUUGCGUGGAGCACUUGGCUCUGUUAACCAACUUGCAGUUACAUUGGGCAUUUUGGUUGCUUAUGUAGUAGGGGUUGUGUGUCACUGGAAAUGGCUGGCUAUUAUUGGUGCAGUUCCACCAGCAAUGCUCAUCAUUCUGAUGUAUACCAUGCCAGAGACUCCUCGUUGGUGUCUUGGGAAGAACAUGAGAAAAGAAGCAUUGCAUUCUUUGCUGUGGUUUCGAGGCCCUGAAGCUGAUAUUGAAAAUGAAUGUUUCCUCAUUGAAUCAACUUUAGGUGAGGUUUUAACCCUUUAACUCCCAAGAUCUGAUUGUUAAUUCUCCCCUGUAGCUGCUACACAUUUCCUUGUAAGUUAGUUAUGAGAACUUAAUGCUAGAUCAAGAUAGCAGCUUCUACCUGAUAAGUUUGAAUAUUCUGAUCACCUGUUUGCUGAAGAAUGUAUGGAUAUUGUAGGGAGAAGUUUUAUGUUAAUCACUUCUGGGAGUUAAAGGGUUUUAAAAGUCUUUGAUUUCUACACAUGAGCAUGUUGUCCCAAACUUCAUUUAUGUUUACUAUUUUUUGCUUUUUGAUUUCAAGAGAAGAUAGUAUGGAACUUUAUAGCGGAGCUUGUAGAGCAUAACCCCAUAAUUAUACAAAAUAGUAGUAACCCAUCUAACUGAAAAAAUUUGGAUACGACCGUACGACCAUACAACCAUACAACCAUACAAGGUGUUACUUUUAACAUGCGUGGUCAACUGUACCGCUGGCACGCCAAUGCCACGGCUUUGUCCAGUAGUCCAGUGGUCAGAGCACUGGGCUCCAAGUUAGACGACCCGGGUUCUAGUCCUGGCCGGGGCAAAGUGUUGUGCCCUUGAGAUGCUCUACUUUAAGGCUUGGCUAAAUCUAUAUAUUAUUUAGUGUCCACCCUUUCACUCUGAAGACCUAAUAAUUCUCCUUACGGUCUGCCAUUCAAUAUUUGUCAUAUAAUUGGAGAAUUUGUUAUUGAAUCACUAAAUGAUCCCUUAAUGAUAUUGUUCUUUAUUCUCAUUACUUGUUUGUAUGAUAUUGUAUUGAUAUUGUAAGGAGAAAUUCUUUCUUGGUCAGUCAUGGGAGUUAAAGGGUUAAGGAGGAUUUCCAGAAGGUUUUACAUUGAAAGCCUUAUUUUUGAUGUGGCCAACAACUUUUUCCAUCUUGUUUUAACCCAAGGAUCAGAGGAUUCAUUUUUAAACUGAUCUGACAACACAAUGAAAAUUACAUCAGAAAUCAUCACACAUUCAAAUCCAAAGUAUUUUUAUUAAAAAAGCAACCUGAUAAAUUUGAAUAACAUUUCUCCUUCAGUUGAAGUACCCCUGAUUUUACUAAUACAAUUAAGUGUAGAUUUAUAUGUUCUUCUCAUGCCUUUUGUUGCAAUAGAUACAUUAUGUCAGUACUAACAAGCUACUUGUUGUAAUUAUUUUGACAGAUCGGCAAGAGGCACUAAAGUUGCAAGACUGGCUGACGCCAGUGAUAGCAAAACCCCUGAUAAUUAGUCUUGGGUUAAUGGUGUUUCAACAAUUUUGUGGAGUCAAUGCAGUUCUCUUUAAUGCUGCCCACAUCUUUGCUAUGGCAGGAUUUAAAAAUGGGAAGGUCGUCUCCAUUGCUGUGGGCCUGGUGCAGUUUGUCGGAACAGGUUUAGCAUGCGUCAUUAUGGAUAAAGCGGGGAGGCGUAUCCUCCUCUUGACAACAGCAAUUGGAAUGUGUGUCUCUCUUGUAGCACUUGGUGUGUAUUUUGAGAUCUACAUCCCUCCAGAAGGUGAAGGCUCAGCAAGUGAGACAGUUUCCUUGCUUGGUUCAAUCAGUCACUCUAUUCCAGCCAAGAAGAUUUCCUGGUUAUCAAUUUUGUGUAUUGUUUUGUUCAACUUGAUGUUCGCCCUUGCAUGGGGACCUGUUCCAUGGCUUGUGAUGUCAGAAAUAUUUCCCCUCCGAGCCCGAGGUCCGGCCAGCAGCUUUGCGACUAUGGCCAACUGGACAUUAGCAUUUAUUGUCACUAAAACAUACCAGUCCAUGGCUAAUACUCUUCAAAACCAAGGUGUAUACUGGUUGUAUGCAGGGUUCUGUUUUGUUUCAUUCAUUUUUGUUUAUGUACUAAUGCCAGAGACAAAGGGGAAAACAUUAGAAGAGAUAGAAGCCAUGUUUGACAAGAAGAAUUCACAAUAUGAACGUAUCCACUAA